CGCCUAUAUCUUUCGUCACCUUUCUCACAAUUCUAAUCACAACUCCAUCCCCACCACCACCCAAAAACCCCGCCAUGGAAACCACCUGGCUCCUCCUCCUCCUCACCACCACCCUCCUCCUCUCCCUCUUCCUCGCCCUCCUCCUCCUCAAACCCACCAACAAGCUCCCCCCGGGACCCACCAACGUCCCCAUCCUCAGCAGCCUCCUCUUCCUCCGCAAAUCCUUCUCCGAGCUCGAGCCCAUCAUCCGCAACCUCCACUGCCGCUACGGCCCCAUCAUCUCCCUCCGCAUCGGGUCCCGCCCCGCCGUCUUCAUCUCCUCCCGCCGCCUCGCCCACCACGCCCUCGUCCAAAACGGCGCCGUCUUCGCCGACCGCCCCCCUGCCUUACCCACCAACAAAGUCAUCAGCAGUGACCAGCACAACAUCAGCGCCGCUUUCUACGGCCCCACGUGGCGCCUCCUCCGCCGAAACCUCACCUCCGAAAUCCUCCACCCUUCCCGCGUCAAAUCCUACUCCCACGCCCGUAAAUGGGUCCUCCACAUCCUCUCCAACCGCCUAACCGAAUCCCAGUCCGAAAAAUCCGACGCCGGAAUCAGAGUCGUUGAUCAUUUCCAGUACGCCAUGUUCUGCUUACUAGUCCUCAUGUGCUUCGGGGACAAGCUCGACGAAGCCACCAUCCGUCAAAUCGAAACCGUCCAGCGGCGGUUGCUGCUCGCUUUCGGCCGGUUUAAUCUACUCAAUUUCUGGCCUGCCUUAACCAAAAUAGUCCUCAAGAAGAAAUGGGAGGAGUUCUUUCGCAUCCGAAAAGACCAGGAACAAGUACUUAUACCUUUGAUUCGAGCACGAAAGGAGUCGAAAUUAAUCAGUAAUGAUUAUCAUGGCGAUAAUGUUAUGUCCUACGUCGACACGCUGUGGCGGCUUGAGCUUCCUGAUGAGAAGAGGAAGCUGACCGAAGACGAAAUGGUUAGCCUAUGCUCGGAGUUUCUCAAUGCCGGAACGGACACUACUUCCACAGCGUUGCAGUGGAUCAUGGCGAAUGUCGUGAAGUAUCCGGCUGUGCAGGAGAGGCUUGUGGAGGAAGUUAGAAGCGUUGUGGAGGAAACGGAGGAGGAGGUGAAGGAGGAGGUGAAGGAGGAGGACUUGCAGAAGAUGCCGUAUUUGAAGGCGGUGAUCUUGGAGGGUUUAAGGCGCCACCCGCCGGCGCAUUUCGUGCUGCCGCAUUCGGUUAGUCAGGAUGUGGUUUUGGAUGGUUACUUGGUGCCGAAGAAAGGGACGGUGAAUUUCAUGGUGGCGGAUAUGGGGUGGGAUCCGGAGGUGUGGGAGGACCCUAUGGAAUUUAAGCCGGAGAGAUUCUUGAGUGGCGGUGCGGGUGAAGGGGUGGAUAUAACUGGGAGUAGGGAGAUUAAGAUGAUGCCGUUUGGGGUUGGGAGGAGGAUUUGUCCCGGACUUGGUUUGGCUGUUCUUCAUCUCGAGUAUUUCGUGGCGAAUUUGGUGUGGAAAUUCGAGUGGAGAGGUGUGGAGGAAGAGGAGGUUGAUUUUUCGGAGAAGCAGGAGUUUACUAUGGUUAUGAGGAAUCCAUUGAAGGCUCGCAUUGCACCAAGAUUGAAGAAAUGAAUGAAGGUUUCUGGCUUCCUCUGUUUAUGAACCUAGCUAAUGCUAUGUAAAUGUGGUUUACGAAUCAAUAGCAGUAUUAUUGCUCCAAUUACUUAUCAAGUCUUACGGCUUUGUCACU